UCCCGUGCAGUCUGUAUCUCUCACAGACAUCAUUCUGCACAUUUUGUGUCUUUUUAGUAUUUUCUGUCUUUGCUCCUCUGGGUCCAGACAUGUUCUUCCCAUUCUUCUUCCCAUUCUACCUGGGACACAUAGCGGUGACCUCUGGGGACAUGUACAGCUCCAUGCUGACCGUCCAGCAAGCCCUGGACACUGAGAAGGUCCUGGUCCAGCACCUGGGGACCUACCUGGAAGAGGAGACCUACCGGCUCAAUGACCUCCGCAGGUUCUACAAUAAAGUCAGCGCUCUCCACCGUACAUCUGCGGCUCCGGUGUCCGACCCCAUCUCUGCCUUCACCUUGUUGAAGAGGCUGCAGUCUGAAUGGAUGAACGUGGUCAAUAGUCUGGAGAGCAACGAGAACAUCAGAGUGCUGAAGGACGGAUAUGAGAAGGUGGAGAAGAACCUUCCGGUACUGGAAGAUGUUACAGGAGCGGCCAAAGCUCUAAUGAGGUUACAAGAUGUCUACUCCUUGAACGUGAAGGGUUUGAGCAAAGGCGUUUUCCAAAGUGGACCGAGUGCUCAGCUUAGUGUCUUGUACAAACCGAACCAGGUCUCCAUCAUGUCGGCGGAUGACUGCUUCCACAUUGGCAAGGUAGCCUAUGACAUGGAGGACUUCUACCACUCUAUCCCAUGGCUGGAGGAAGCGGUCACUAUGUACCGGGACUCCUACGGUAGCUGGUUCACGGAGGACCAGGGCUCCCUGGAAGAAGCUUUGGAUUAUUUAGCUUUCUCCUACUUCAAGGCUGGGAAUGUGUCUCGGGCGUUAUAUCUCUCCAGGGAGUGUCUGCUGUACGAUCCGUAUAACAUGAGACUGGCUGAAAAUGUGGUCAAAUACGAAAAAAUCUUAGAUGAGACUCCGGCUAGAGAGGUCGUGGAAGAACCAAGCCUAGUGAGACCGAACGUCACCCACCUGAGGACACGGGACCUGUAUGAGGGGCUCUGCCAAACUAUGGGGACCCAGCCAUUUCAUUAUGAGGAUCCCAGAAUCCUCUGCUCUUAUGACACAAACAGAAGCCCCUACCUCAUCCUCCGUCCCCUGAAGAAGGAGGUGGUGAACCUGACUCCCUAUGUUGUCCUAUACCAUGACUUUGUCAGCGACUAUGAGGCGGAGAAGAUCAAGGAACUUGCUGCUCCAUGGCUGCGGCGCUCGGUGGUGGCCUCUGGAAUCCAGCAGGUUCAGGCGGAGUACAGGAUCAGCAAAAGCGCCUGGCUAAAGGACACGCUCCACCCCAUCAUCCGAAAUCUGGACGUCCGCAUCGCAGCAGUCACCGGGCUACAUGCCAGAGCUCCAUAUGCCGAGUAUCUCCAGGUGGUCAACUACGGCAUCGGGGGGCACUACGAGCCACACUUUGACCAUGCUACGUCCAGGAAGAGCCCCCUGUACCGCACCAACACCGGGAACAGGAUAGCCACCCUCAUGAUUUAUCUCAGCUCUGUAGACUUGGGAGGAUCUACGGCAUUUAUACACGCCAACUUCAGUACGCCAGUAAUAAAGAACGCAGCAGUUUUCUGGUGGAAUCUCCAUAGGAAUGGUGAAGGUGAUGAAGACUCCCUGCACGCUGGUUGUCCUGUGUUGGUCGGAAGUAAAUGGGUGGCCAACAAAUGGAUCCACGAGUAUGGUCAAGAGUUCAACAGACCUUGUGGCCUGAACCCUGGAGACUAGGGGAUCUGGAGAGGACAGGUGAACAUCUGAGGAGAUCUGGAGACCUUCUUGGCUCCUGAGGAGCUGAAGAUGAGCGAAGUGCGAGCCGAUAUCCUUCAAUGUCUGGAUGAUGUCAUGACCGAUGCCGGAUUGGCACCUUAUACAGGAUAGGAAUGAAUGAUCAUCGUGGUCCUGGAACCAUUUAUGAUUAUGGAUCUUGUGGCCUGAACCCUGGAGACUAGAGGAUCUGGAGAGGACAGGUGAACAUCUGAGGAGAUAAGGAAAGCUUGUUUGGCUCCUGUAAAGACGAAAUAGAGGAGCUGAGGACGAGAACUGUGGGAGUCAAUGUCCUUUAUGUCUGGAUGAUGUCCACAUUGGCAACUCAUACAGGAUAGGAACGAGUGGUCAUCAUAGUCCAGGUCCUGGAACCAAUUGUGGUAGCCCAGUAUGGGAGAUGUUACCCCGUACCCUUGCUGCCCUGUCAGGCAGCCUCCUUCAGUGUCCCAAGGGCCCAUUACACCUGUUUCCCCCCUGUACAUAUGUUCUGCAGUGUAUUGUAUUAUAAAAUGUGUUGUAUCUUUAAGAGUUAUGUCAUGUGAUUGUUACCCAGGAGGUAUCAGUGACCAGGUGAUCCCAAGAGUGACCUAUGGGCUCCCUGCUUGUCUCCCCCUUAUUAGCCCUGGGUGGAGCUUCUCUCUCUUGGCUCUUCGCUCUUCUGCUGAGGUCCAGUGCAGUCUUGUCUAGUGUGUGUGUCCAGAGUGUUGGAGACCUCAAAGUCAAGUCCUGCAGCCACCAUCAAGUCAAGUAAGAUAAAGUCACAGCUUUAUGAGUCAAGUCAGUCCCUGUUAUGUCAGUUCAGCGUGGUCUGUAUUCAAUUGUCCAGUACUACUACAAGUCCCAGCAAGCCCUUAAGGUCUCUGCAUCACUGGUCACCUACUUGGGCCCUGGCUGAACUGUAUACUGUAUAACUGUACUAUCUGUCUACCCUCAGUAAAGCUACCGUAGUCCGAAACUUAGCAUCUUUAUUACCCCAGUGCCUAGUCCAGGAUCCAGCGUUAUACCUUCGGGUGGUUUUAGGCUAAACCACGCCCUGGCGUCACGAAUACAAGGGGUUAAUGUCAUCUGCCCCUAGGGCGGGCAUAGGCAACCUUCGGCACUGCAGAUCCCUAUGGGUUGCUGCCGCCUAAAGUCAGAGGUACCAUCCAGGAGGAGGAGGUUUACAUGCCCGAGGUGCCUGUUACAGCACCGAAGUACCUACCAAAGUUGUCUGUGACUGUGCCCAGGCCUACUCCUGUGGUUGAGGAUGUUUGGCCUAACCAGCGGGCACCAACUGAAGUGCCUCGGCCUACUCCCGCAGAGGAGGUUUGGCCAGCCCAACAAGCAUCAACUGAUGUUCCCCCAGUGGCGCAAGCCACUGCAAUGGUGGUCCCCAUCAGCCCCACCAUUACAGAGUCCACGUUGUUCCGGGUGAACUGGAACACCUGAGUGAGUCCAUUGGAGGGGGCACAGUCCCGUGGACCCGUUACAUGUCCGAGCCUCGGAAGCAGUCUGACCGGCGAGGCUGGGAUGGAAAGUUUCCAAGUUAAAGAAGCCUACCAGUGAUAAUUCUACUGUAUAUCACUAACUUUCCUUGUGAAGUACUUUUGUUCUCCACAGGUUAUGCAACGUUUAAGAAGAAGUGCCUGACGAACUUGUCAAUAAGUUUAUUUGUAACCAUUUGAAUAAGUGUAUGUGCCCGGCUCUUAGCCGUGAUUCCUUACUAAGAACUCCCAAAGUGUAACAGGACUGUGGAGCGGUACAAUG